AUGCCCCGUUCUUCUCGUACAGGUGAACUGAUAUUUAAUCUUGAGAUCGAGAAGGUUGAGCGAAAGCUACGAAAGGAAACCAAGCAACGAAAGGCUGCUCAGGUUGCGAAGCUGGAAGAAUCUUUAAACUACCUCAGAAUCUCUAGCUCUGGCGACUCUGAAAGUGAUCAAGAGACUGUCAUGGUUGAGGAUACUCGCACUCUAAGGGACUUGGCUGCUCCCAACUUGGCGCAGCAGCCCUUAUGCAUUAACUUCCCAACUCUGAAUAACACUAUUGCUUUUGAACUGAAAUCUGGCUUAAUCCAUUUACUGCCUUCUUUUCAUGGACUUGCAGGUGAAGAACCUCACAAACACUUGCAAGAGUUCGACGUGGUGUGCUCCAGCAUGAAACCACCAGGUGUUACUGAUGAACAGAUCAAACUCAAAGCCUUCCCAUUCUCACUUAAAGAUGCUGCAAAGGAUUGGCUCUACUAUCUCCCACCUGGAAGCAUUGACACGUGGAACGACAUGAAAAAGAAAUUUUUGGAGAAGUACUUUCCAGCUUCCAGAGCUGCGAUCCUGAGGAAGAAGAUAUGUGGCAUCAAACAACAAUCAGGUGAAACGCUCCAUGAAUAUUGGGAGCGAUUUAAUAAGCUUAUCAUUAAAUGUCCACAACAUCAAAUUCCCCCUCAACUAUUGAUUCAAUAUUUUUAUGAUGGUUUAUCAUUGAUGGACAGGAACAUCAUCGACGCUGCAAGUGGUGGAGUUCUAUUAAAUAAGACGCCGACACAAGCUUGGGAUCUUAUUGCGAGGAUGGCUGAAAACACGCAACAAUUUGGUUCAAGGGAUGUUGGACAGAUGAGCGGAAACAACAGUGACCAUGCCAUCCAAUCGAUGCAACAACAACUUUCUGAGUUGACGAGCUUUGUUCGCAAGAUGGUCGUGGAAAAAUCCAACCCGAGUGUCCAGGUCAAGGUGUGUGGAAUAUGCACGAGUGCAGGACACCCUACAGAUGCAUGUCCGACCCUCCAAGAAGAAUGUGCAGUGGAUGUGAACGCUGCAAACUACGGUAUGAAUAGACCUCCAGCGUACAAUCCAUACUCCAACACCUACAAUCCAGGCUGGAGAGAUCAUCCAAACCUGCGCUAUGGAAACGCACACCAGAAUCAUGGUCCUCAACCAUUUGGAGCCACACAUCAGAUGCAACAGCCUCGCCCUUAUGAGAAACAGCUCCCCCAAGCACCCACAAACAACUCAUGUCCGUCCUUGGAAGACUUGGUGAAGUCUAUGGCUACCAGUACCCUGCAAUUCCAGCAAGAGAUGAAGUCAACUGUUGACAAGCUACAAAGUCAGAUUAGCCAAGUUUUAGAAGAGGUAAAACAGCUACGAGAAAGAGGAAAGUGGCCUGCGCAACCAGAGCAAAACCCGAAGAACAUCAGUGCCAUAACUCUUCGCAGCGGAAAGGAAUUGGAAGGUCCACCUCCUAUCUCGAAGGAACAAAAUGAGGAUCAGAUUAAGAUGGAGAUUGAAAAACAAGUUGAACUUCAUGAAAAGGUACUUCCUAACUCUGUUCCUCCUACUGAAACUAAAUCAGCUCCUUUUCUUGACAGGUUGAAGAAACCGCAAAAGGCAAACAAACGAAAAGAGAUGAUGGAAAUAUUCAAGAAAGUGGAACUUAGUAUCCCCCUCCUGGAAGCUAUCAACCAAAUCCCCAAGUACGCAAAGUUUUUGAAAGAACUGUGCACCAACAAAAUAAAAUUGCGAGGGGACGAGCAUAUUAUAGCGGGUGAGAAUGUUUCUGUUGUUAUUAAAAGAAAUGUACCACCUAAAACAGGUGAUCCAGGUAUGUUUUCUAUCCCUUGUAAGAUUGGAAAAACUGAGAUAACUAAGACUAUGCUAGACUUAGGAGCUGCUAUUAAUGACACAUUUGGAUUAAGUGGUUCCGACGAAUUGAAUAUCGUGUUAAUGGAACAUCUGGAGAAAGAACAUGGGAGAGAGAUAGCCGUAGACAAGAGAAUAAGAAAAGUUCUCAAGGAGCUUAACUCAACUCCAAGAGUGUCACCAAGGCACCUGAAUUGGAAUUGA